CCACAAUAAUAGUGGUAAAACAAUUGUGAUAUAAUUUAUCUGCUAGAUGCAAUAAGGAAAGUUAUAAGUUAAAAGUUUUAGUCAUCUAUAUAUUAGGAUUUAAGUAAAACUAUCUCCAAUGGCUAGAGAGAAGUGUAGGAUAUGUUUACAGGAAAAUGUAAUAUUAAACAAUAUUUUUCUUUUAUCUGGAACAUUUACAAUUGCCAAUAAGAUAAUGCGCUUGGCUAAUAUUGAAAUAUGUCCUAAUGAUGGUCUGCCUGACACUAUAUGUUUAAAAUGUAUUAAAAUAUUGGAUGAAUGUCUCCAGUUUGUAGAGCUUUGUGAAACCUCAGAUCUUAAACUUAGAUCUUUAUUAAAUAUACAAAACAAUGAUCAGGAAAAAUGUAGCAACAGUUUAGAAUCACUGAAAUAUGAAAGCUUGAAUGAAACUAGCCAUGCAAAUUAUACAAUAAAAUCUGAUGACGGUGGAGAUGUAUUGUUGAUGGGAAAUAAUAUAACUCAUGGCUCUGAUGGUAGCAGAAUAAUAAAACCUGAAGUAUCACCUGAAAUAAAUAUCAAUAAGGAAAACUUGAAUAUUGUUGAUGGAAAGAAAGCCCAAAAGCAACAGUGUUUUACUUGUGGUAAAGUGAUGUCAUCCAGAUUUCGUCUGAAAACUCAUUUAAGAACACAUACAGGAGAACGUCCAUAUUCAUGUCUGCAUUGCGGCAAAAAUUUCUCUCUGGCACAGAACCUCAAAGUACAUAUACGAAUACAUACAGGCGAAAAACCACUAAAAUGUUCUAUCUGUGGUGAAUGCUUCGCACAGUCGGCGGGCUUGGCGGCACACAGACGAAAGCAUACUGGACAAUUACCAUAUAAAUGUUUGUUGUGUCCACGAAGUUUCAGAACAGUUGGUCACCUACAGUAUCAUGUGAGGCGUCACACUGGAGAGAAAAAUUAUGAAUGUGAUUUGUGUGGUAGAGCUUUUAUAACUCGAAGUGAUUUGAAGCAACAUCUGCUCACGCAUUCCGGCGAUAGACCUCACGUUUGCUGCGUCUGUGGACUGCGACUGACACGCGCUUCUCAUCUUAAACGGCAUAUGCAACUUACACACAGUAGUAUAAAAGUAUUGACUUGUUCUCAAUGCUCACAAAAAUUUACAGAAGCAACGGCAUUUGAGAAACAUAUAAAGAAACAUACAAAUGCAAAAGAUAACUCUGAAAUAUCAUCAUGAAAUUGGCUAGAAAGAAAUAUUUAUUGCAA